AAAUUAAAAAUUUAUUUGCUAGUGAACUUCACUCCCCUAUAACUUGAACUAUCUUCAACACUAACUUCUCCACAACCACACCAUUCCCCUAAAAGCAUGUUUUUGCCUUCUUCUUUCUCCUUAACAUAGCUGACAAAAACAAACACUUCCUCUUUCAUAAUUCUCUCCCCCCACUUUCACUACACCCUCAUUACUUUACUUCGCAUAUUUUGCACCCUUUUAACUUCUAUUGCCACUCACAAUUCUUCUUGUUCUUCUUCCUUUUCUUCAUCCUUAUACAUUUCUUGCUUAGAUUUAUUUUUUCUUUUAAUUUUCUUUAGAUAACAAAAGGUGCUUCUUUGGAUUGUUACAUGGAGGGUCAACCUGCUAAACGCAGACGUGUGUACUCUCUUGAACCCAACAAAGUGGAACAAGCAGCAUUUGCCAGAAACUACAUGAACUAUUUGGUGCCAGCAUUGAUGAAGAUCAAGGAAAGAAGCACUUCAUCAGAUCAACAUAGUGGCCAUUGUGAUGACAAUAUUCAGAAUGUUGUCAAGUAUGAAGUGGACAUGGCAAUGGUGCACUCAGCCCAAGGUUUUGCAUGGAGUAAUGCUCUAAGUGUGAAGCUUCAAAGAGAUAGAGUCAAUGUAGAUUGUGACACCACUAGCUUUGGUGAAGGUUCAUCAUCAUCAAGGGUUUGUGGCCAAAAUUGUGAAAUGGUGCCGUUGGAUAAUUUCCCUUCAAACCCUAGUUUGAAAUCUAAUAACAAGUGCAAGGAAAUGCCUGAAAUGAAAAGGGGUUUGAGAGAAGAUGAUGAUGGUGAUGAUGAAGAUGAAGAUGAAGUCAUCAAUGGUCAAUUGAAGAGCCUAAGAAGGUUGAUGCCGGGUGGAGAAGAGAUGUGUAGUGAACAAAUGGUGACAGAACUACAAAGCUAUGUAAGCUGUUUGCAAAUGCAGGUGAACAUUCUUCGGUGCCUCGCGGAGACACAUUGAUUGAUUCAUAUCUAUCUACUUUAAUUUGCUUUUUCUAUUAGCCCAUUAUUACUAUUAUGUAUGUGUUCCACAUAUAAUAUAUAUUGUCAAUUAUCAAAGUAACUAUAUAUCUAUAUAGUAUGCUGUACUAUUGUCUUUUGAUUUGUUGAA